GCCGCCUCUCCUCCCCCCCUCCCCCACCGUGCGUGCCCUGCACGUGCUCCCUCCUCCCCCUCCGGCCGCCGCCGCCGCCGCCACACCGCGUCCGGAAAGCAGCGAAAGCCGCCGCACGCCUUUCCGCCUUCCUUCCAGGAAGGUUCUUGGGUGCUUCCUUUGUCCGCCGACCCCGGGAGGCGGGCGUCUCGGGCGGGAGCAUGGACCACGGCGGCGGCGGGGGAGGAGGAGGAGGAGGGACCGGGGCGCCGUCCAGCAGCAACAGCCCGUCGAGCGGCGGCCGUGGGGGCGACCACCACCCGUUCUACUACGCCGGCCCGGGGGUGUCCAACUCCGGAGUGCCGCAGCCUCAACAACAGCAGCCGCAGUCGGCGUUCGCGAGCGCGCUCGCUAUCACGCCCGUCCCGGAGCAGCCGCAGUCGUCGUCCGCCGCCGCGGCCGACAACAACAAGAAGGCGCUGGUGCCGGCUGCGGCGGCGGCGGCGGGGCCCGUGGUGGCGGCCAAGCGUCCGUCCAAGGACCGGCACACCAAGGUGGACGGGCGUGGGCGGCGGAUUCGGAUGCCGGCGCUGUGCGCGGCGCGGGUGUUCCAGCUCACCCGCGAGCUCGGCCACAAGUCGGACGGCGAGACCAUCGAGUGGCUGCUGCAGCAGGCGGAGCCCGCCAUCGUGGCGGCCACGGGAACCGGCACCAUCCCGGCCAACUACUCCUCGCUCAACAUCUCCAUCCGCUCCGGCGGCGCCGCAGGCAACCCCGCCGCCGCCGCCGCACGCGCCGCGCCGUUCCCGGCGCUCGCGCUCCACCCGCUCCACCACCACCACCAGCACCAGGGCCCCGCGGCGCAGCACGACAUGUCCGCCAUGAUGGCCGGGUACCACCACCACCUCCUCCCUCCGCAGCCGCAGCCGCAGCAGGACCCCAACGCCGGCGGUGACGCCUACAUGCGCAAGCGCUACCGGGAGGACCUGUUCAAGGAGGACGACGACCGCCAAGAUCCGAGCGCGCCCAAGGCGCGCGAGCAGCAGCAGGCGGCCGCGACCCCACCACCGCCGCCGCCUUCCGCGGCAAUGUGGGCCGUGGCACCCAACGCCGCGGCUCCAUCCGGUGGGUUCUGGAUGCUGCCCGUGUCCGCGAGCUCGGCCGCCGCCGCACGGCCCGCCGAGCAGCCCAUGUGGUCCUUCAGCAGCGGCGGCGGCGGCGGUGGUGGCGGCACGGGCACCGUGCAGGCACCACUCCAGUUCAUGUCCAGGGCCAGCUACCCCAACAACGCCGCAGGCGGCGGCGGCGGAGGAGGAGCCAUGUCGGACACCAAUCUUGGCAUGCUCGCCGCGCUGAAUGCGUACAACCGCGGCGGCAGCGAGGAGCACCAGCACCAGCACCAGCAGCCGCCCGAGGGGGAGCAGCAGCACGGGCACGGCGGCGGCGACGGCAACGACGACGACGAGGACGGCGGCGGCGGCGACGACGACGACAGCGCCGAGGAGAACAACAACGGCAACAACAACAGCUCACAGUAAAAAGCUCGCAGCUGGCGACGACGAUGAGCAGCGAAUCCGCCCGCCACCAUGAUCGCAUCUCUCUGUCUUGUUCGCGUGAGGAUCGCCAUGAGCUGUCGCCGGACUGGAGUUUGGAUGAUGAUUGGACGGAGGAGGAAACCAACCCGUGGGGAUCCAAUCAUGGAGAUUGCUAGCUUUUGUGCAGGAAGGAAGCAAGAAGUGAAGCAAGGCAAAGCGAAUGCGGGAGCAAAAGCUUCUUCUUGCUACUAGUUCAUUAGUUUUUUUUUUUCUCUUUGAUGAAUUUGUUUGUGUUGAAUAUUUUGUUUUUUUUGGGAUUGUUCUAUGAAUGAUUGCGUUGUUGAGUUGAGACCGGGGUGUGAUGGUGAUGAUGAUUAGUGAGUGGGUCCGAAUUAGGAGGGCCGAGCAAAGGACAGGAGUCUGAUGAGUUUGAGAGGGAUCAUCUGUAUAUACAGCUGCUGAUCGAUCAUCUUGAAUUUUUUUUUUCUUUUUGUUGCUGCGUUGUUUGAUUCGGUUUGUUUGUUCAUUACUAUUAUGAUGUCACCGUGAAUUGUGUGACCCGUUGCA